CACUCAUCGCUCGUUCCCGGACUCUUCUCCCGCUGCCAGCGGCCACCCUUCCCCGCGCCCAGCGCGGACCCAUCGGGCUCCCCGCGCCGCACCCAGCACCUCGGCUCUCCGAGGCCGGACCGAGGCCGCAAGCAGCGCCGCGGGGUGUGAGGCGGACCCAGGAGAUGAAAUGACAACGUCAACCCUCCAGAAAGCCAUUGAUCUGGUGACAAAAGCCACAGAAGAGGACAAAGCCAAGAAUUACGAGGAGGCACUCCGGCUCUACCAGCAUGCGGUGGAGUAUUUCCUACACGCGAUCAAAUAUGAGGCACACAGCGACAAGGCCAAGGAGAGCAUUCGAGCCAAGUGCAUGCAGUACCUAGACCGGGCAGAGAAGCUGAAGGAUUAUCUACGGAACAAGGAGAAGCACGGCAAGAAGCCAGUCAAAGAGAAUCAGAGUGAGAGCAAGGGCAGUGAUAGUGACAGUGAAGGGGAUAAUCCAGAGAAAAAGAAAUUGCAAGAACAACUGAUGGGUGCUGUCAUGAUGGAGAAGCCCAACAUUCGGUGGAGUGACGUGGCCGGGCUGGAGUUGGCCAAGGAGGCCCUCAAAGAAGCUGUCAUUUUGCCAAUUAAAUUCCCACACUUGUUCACAGGCAAGCGUACCCCUUGGCGAGGGAUACUGCUCUUUGGACCCCCUGGCACCGGGAAAUCCUACCUGGCCAAAGCGGUGGCAACAGAGGCCAACAACUCCACCUUCUUCUCUGUGUCCUCCUCAGACUUGAUGUCUAAGUGGUUGGGGGAGAGUGAGAAGCUGGUCAAGAACCUGUUUGAGCUGGCCAGGCAGCACAAGCCUUCCAUCAUCUUCAUCGACGAGGUGGAUUCCCUCUGCGGCUCCCGCAACGAAAAUGAGAGCGAGGCUGCCCGAAGGAUCAAAACAGAGUUCUUGGUCCAGAUGCAGGGAGUGGGGAAUAACAACGAUGGGACUCUGGUUCUCGGUGCCACAAACAUCCCAUGGGUGUUGGAUUCAGCCAUUAGAAGGAGGUUUGAAAAGCGGAUUUACAUCCCGUUGCCGGAGGAGGCUGCCCGUUCCCAGAUGUUCCGGUUGCAUCUGGGUAGCACUCCACACAGCCUCACGGACGCCAAUAUCCAGGAGCUGGCCCGGAAGACAGAGGGCUACUCAGGUGCAGACAUCAGCAUCAUUGUGCGGGACUCCCUCAUGCAGCCCGUUAGGAAAGUACAGUCAGCGACACACUUCAAAAAGGUCUGUGGCCCUUCCCGCACCAACCCUAACAUUAUGACCGAUGACCUCCUGACCCCAUGCUCUCCAGGGGACCCAGGGGCCAUGGAGAUGACUUGGAUGGAUGUCCCUAGUGACAAACUCUUAGAGCCUGUGGUUUGCAUGUCGGACAUGCUCCGGUCUUUGGCCACCACCCGGCCCACCGUGAAUGCAGAUGACCUCCUGAAAGUGAAGAAAUUCUCAGAGGACUUUGGACAGGAGAGUUAAAAGCUUUUCACUCUGGUGACGGUGAAGGAGGGAGGUUGAUGGCGGUAAAUUCCUGCACUCCUCAUGUCGGUGGCCAGUCAGGGCUCCAGGGCUCGUCCUAAAGUCACUCCAUGUCCCCUGUACUGUGUGGCCGCCAGCCAAGGAGCAGGAAGGAAGGGGCUCCCGGCCGCAGAGAUGCAGAAGCACAUCCGCAGCGGGUGGAAUACUGGCUCUUCCUACUUCCUCCUCCUCUUCUGGAUGCUCACUCCUUGUCCUGCCACUCCAUGUUGUUUUUUAAAGCCUUUUUGUUCCUCUAAAUUAAUGCUGCUUGGAUUUUCGUCUUGUUUAUAAAUAAAGUUAAAAUCACCUGAAGCAUCACGGGAACAGCCGAGGAGUAGGGCUGGUGCAGCAGACCUGCGAGCCCCGUGGCCCGUUCCUUUUAGAUCCAAGUGUCACUCCUUGUGAACUGAAUGGCCGAUGCCCUGGAUCCCCAGCCCAAGCUCUGCCUGUAAAGGCCAAGAGUAAAGCCAAGCCAUUCGCACCCUCCCACGUCGGCAUCCCGAGCCCUGUUCCUCCCUGCAGGAGGAGAGGGUCUGUGAACACCAAGCUGUGCGCGUCAGGAGGGAAGGCGGGCAGGCGGGUCUCCCUGCUGCCUCUUCCCUCUGAAUGUGAGAACAUGAACGCAGCCACCGCCGGGUCCCUGUCCGGGAAGUGGGCUAAUAAACCCUUUUCCCUUGA